UCACGUGGUGCUGGUCUUCCGGUGCCGGAGCUGAGGGGAGUUUACAUUGCAGUUCCGCUUUGAAAUAAAGGACAAAACGUUUUUAAAACUUCCUUAAACAUCCGGUCAGGGUGUGUCUUUUAAUAUUAAUCUGAACUGCUGACUGUGUAAAAUAAAUCACAUUCUAUUUACAAAGUGAAUGAUUUGAUCACCACAAGAGAACCCCAGAGGUUUCUAAUGGUGAGAGAAGCAGCUUUGGAAUGAAAAGGUUGCCAGUUCGAUUCCCCCUGGACCAGCAGGAACCCCUGAAGUGCCCUUGAGCAAGGCGUCUAACCCCCCCCCCCCCCCCAGCUGGUCUGUGUGUUGUAUGCCACUCUGGAUAAGAGCAUCUGCUCUCAUAAUGUGUGUGUAUGAGAGAGAGAGACUCUGAGAGCUCUCCCUGAUGGGCGGCUGGUCCCGAGGCGCUGUGCUGGAGCUGUACCGGGCGCUGCUCCGCGCAGGGCGCCACCUACAGUACACCGACCGCAACUACUACAGACGCGCCAUCGCCCGCGAGUUCAGACGCUGCCAGUCGCUCAGUGAGCCUCAAGAGAAGGAGGAGGCACUGAAGAGGGGACAGUUCUUCCUCAACAGCCAUCUGGGAGGACUCGUCUAG